ACGAAACAAAGAAAGCCGGAACAGAAAAAAGAGUUCUGCUGCCAAAACAGAGGAGGGGGCUUAAAUCUCUUCUUUCAAAAGAUUUCUUCUUGUUGAAGGGUUUAAGCUUUCUCAUUUUUCUAUUUAUCAAAGAUCAUUUUUUUUAAAAAAAAUAUUUUUCAUUGUUUAGAAGCAUACAUCCAUACAAGUUGCACUGAAAGAAAGGGAAAGAAGUUGAGGAAUUCUUGUCGCUGAAUUGAAUGGUCGUUGCUGAAGGAAUUGGAAGUGGAUCCAUAAGCAACCCAAGUCUCUGAUCUGAUCUCAGUGAAAAUGGCUGUUGCUAUCAGUCAUGCGGUUGGAUCUCUUGUUUGGAUGGAAGAUCCUGAUGAAGCUUGGAUAGAUGGUGAAGUAGUGAAGGUUGAUGGUGAAGAAAUUAAAGUCCUCUGCACUUCGGGGAAGACGGUUGUUGUUAAAGCUUCCAAUGUCUAUCCCAAAGACCCUGAAGCUCCACCGUGUGGAGUGGAUGACAUGACAAAGCUGGCUUAUUUGCAUGAACCAGGAGUCCUUGACAAUCUAAGAUCAAGAUAUGAUAUCAAUGAGAUAUACACUUACACGGGGAAUAUAUUGAUCGCUGUGAAUCCUUUUAGAAGACUACCGCAUCUUUAUGAUAGCCAUAUGAUGGCUCAGUAUAAAGGGGCAGCCUUCGGUGAGCUGAGUCCACAUCCUUUUGCUGUUGCAGAUGCUGCAUACCGACUUAUGAUUAAUGAGGGAAAAAGUCAGGCAAUAUUGGUUAGUGGAGAAAGUGGGGCUGGUAAAACAGAAAGCACAAAAUUACUCAUGGCAUAUCUUGCUUACAUGGGAGGGAGAGCUGCUGCUGAGGGGAGGACUGUUGAGCAGCAAGUCCUGGAGUCCAAUCCUGUUCUGGAAGCCUUCGGUAAUGCCAAGACUGUUCGAAACAAUAACUCGAGUCGUUUUGGUAAGUUCGUGGAGAUCCAAUUUGACAAGAAGGGAAGAAUUUCGGGAGCUGCUAUCAGAACUUAUUUGCUUGAAAGGUCACGUGUAUGCCAGUUGUCUGAUCCUGAGAGAAAUUAUCACUGUUUCUACAUGCUUUGUGCUGCACCACCAGAGGAUGUCAAGAGGUACAAAUUGGAAAACCCUACAACAUUUCAUUAUCUGAAUCAAUCAAAUUGCUAUAAGUUGGAUGGGAUUGAUGAUUCAAAGGAAUACAUCGCAACAAGGAGGGCAAUGGAAGUUGUUGGAAUAAGUGUUGGUGAGCAGGAUGCAAUAUUUCGUGUUGUGGCUGCAAUUCUGCAUCUUGGGAAUGUUGAAUUUGCAAAAGGGAAGGAAACAGACUCAUCCAUACCCAAAGAUGAAAAAUCUCGGUUCCAUCUAAGAACUGCUGCUGAGCUUUUCAUGUGUGAUGCAAAGGCACUAGAAGAUUCUCUUUGCAAACGUGUAAUUGUUACCCGUGAUGAAACCAUAACAAAAUGUCUGGAUCCAGAUUCUGCAGCUGUCAGUAGAGAUGCUUUGGCUAAAAUUGUGUAUGCGAGGUUGUUUGACUGGCUUGUGGAUAAGAUUAAUAGUUCAAUUGGUCAAGACCCUGAGUCAAAGUUCUUAAUUGGGGUGCUGGAUAUAUAUGGUUUUGAGAGUUUCAAGACAAACAGUUUUGAGCAAUUUUGCAUCAAUCUCACAAACGAGAAGCUUCAGCAACAUUUCAAUCAGCAUGUUUUCAAAAUGGAGCAAGAAGAAUAUACAAAAGAAGAAAUUGAUUGGAGUUACAUUGAGUUUGUUGAUAAUCAAGAUAUUCUUGAUCUCAUUGAAAAGAAACCGGGUGGCAUUAUUGCUCUUCUGGAUGAAGCUUGUAUGUUUCCAAGAUCAACACAUGAAACAUUUGCCCAAAAGCUGUAUCAGACAUUCAAAAACCAUAAUCGCUUCACGAAGCCAAAAUUAUCACGUAGUGACUUCACAAUUUGCCAUUACGCUGGCGAUGUCACUUAUCAAACAGAACUGUUCCUGGACAAGAACAAGGACUAUGUUGUUGCUGAACAUCAGGGGCUCUUGAGUGCUUCCAGAUGCUCCUUUGUGGCGGGUUUAUUUCCACCUUCAGCUGAGGAUUCAUCCAAAUCAUCAAAGUUCUCUUCAAUUGGUUCACGGUUUAAGCAACAAUUGCAAGCGCUGCUUGAAACUCUCAGCACGACUGAGCCGCAUUACAUUCGUUGUGUAAAACCCAAUAAUCUUCUUAAGCCAUCAAUCUUUGAGAAUAAAAAUGUUCUUCAACAACUACGUUGUGGGGGAGUCAUGGAGGCAAUUAGGAUAAGCUGUGCUGGAUUUCCCACUAGAAAACCCUUUGUUGAAUUUGUAGAUAGAUUUGGCCUGCUUGCACCUGAAGUUUUGGAUGGGAGUUCUGAUGAGAUCAUUGCUUGUAAGAGGCUUCUAGAGAAGGUGGGACUUAAAGGCUAUCAGAUUGGUAAAACAAAAAUUUUCCUUAGGGCUGGUCAGAUGGCAGAACUAGAUGCCCAUAGAAGUGAGGUCUUAGGAAGAUCAGCUAGCAUUAUUCAGAGGAAAGUCCGUUCUUAUUUAGCCCGUAAAAGUUUUGUCUUGCUCCGUCGGUCUGUUAUACAAAUUCAAGCUGCAUGCAGAGGACAACUUACUCGGCAAAUUUACGAGGGCAUGCGAAGAGAAGCUUCUUCUAUGAUGAUCCAGAGAGACUUGCGGAUGUUUCUUGCUAGGAAAGCUUACAAAGAAUUGCAUUCCUCCGCUGUUUCUAUUCAGACAGGAAUGCGUGGAAUGGCUGCUCGUAUUGAGCUACGCUUCAGAAGGCAGACUAGAGCUGCAAUUAUUCUUCAGAGCCAGUGUCGCAAAUUCUUGGCACGGCUGCAUUAUAUGGAGAUAAAGAAAGCAGCAAUUACAACACAGUGUGCAUGGAGAGGAAGAGUUGCUCGAAAAGAACUACGGAAUCUUAAGAUGGCUGCAAGGGAAACUGGUGCUCUCCAAGCUGCCAAAAAUAAACUGGAAAAGCAAGUUGAAGAACUGACAUGGAGAUUACAGCUGGAGAAACGCAUGAGGGCUGACAUGGAAGAGGCUAAAACACAAGAAAACGAGAAACUACAUUCUACUUUGCAAGAGAUGCAGCUUCAGUUUAAGGAAACUAAAACAAUGCUUGAGAAAGAAUGUGAGGCUGCAAAAAGGGCAGCAGAGAAAGUCCCUGUCAUACAAGAGGUUCCAGUUGUUGACCAUGUAAUGAUGGAGAAGCUUAGCAGUGAAAAUGAAAAGCUCAAGGCCAUGGUUAGUUCACUGGAAAUGAAAAUUGAUGAAACGGAGAAAAAAUAUGAAGAAGCAAGCAAAAUUAGUGAAGAGAGAUUGAAGCAAGCUUUGGAUGCAGAAACAAAAAUAAUUCAGCUAAAGACUGCUAUGCAGAGGCUUGAAGAAAAAUUUUCUGACAUUGAGUCUGAAAACAAAAUUCUUCGGCAGCAAGGAUUGGUAACACCUGUAAAAAAGACAUCAGACAAUCUACAGACUCCAGCAACUCAAAGAUUGGAAAAUGGUCAUCAUGUGAGUGAAGAGAGCAAAGCCAAUGAACCCCAUAGUGCAACACCUGCUAAGAAGUUUGGGACAGAAUCUGAUAGCAAGUUCAGGAGAUCCCUUGUUGAACGUCAACAUGAGAAUGUUGAUGCUCUUAUUAGCUGUGUUAUGAAAAACAUUGGGUUCAGUCAUGGGAAGCCUGUUGCAGCAUUUACCAUCUACAAAUGCCUUCUACACUGGAAAUCUUUUGAAGCCGAAAGGACUAGUGUAUUUGAUCGUCUCAUCCAGAUGAUUGGUUCUGCCAUCGAGGAUCAAGAUGAGAAUAAGGAUAUGGCUUAUUGGUUAUCAAAUACAUCUACUUUAUUGUUCUUGCUCCAAAGAAGUCUGAAGGGUGCUGGUUCAAGUGGUGCAACUCCACAUCGAAAGCCACCUGCUCCAACAUCCAUCUUUGGGAGGAUGGCCAUGGGUUUUCGCUCAUCCCCUUCUUCUGCCAAUCUUCCUGUUCCUGCACUUGAUGUAGUCCGAGAGGUUGAAGCUAAAUACCCAGCUUUGCUUUUCAAGCAACAGCUCACAGCCUAUGUGGAGAAAAUCUAUGGAAUUAUUCGAGACAACUUGAAGAAGGAGAUUUCAUCUUUUCUUUCAUUAUGUAUCCAGGCACCAAGAACAUCAAAGGGAGUACUAAGAUCUGGGCGGUCUUUCGGGAAAGAUUCUCCAUCGACUUACUGGCAGAGCAUUAUUGAGACCCUCAAUACUUUCCUCGAUACACUGAAAGAAAAUUUCGUGCCUCCAAUUCUUGUCCAGAAGAUCUUCACUCAGACUUUCUCAUAUAUCAACGUACAACUCUUUAAUAGCCUUCUUCUGCGUCGCGAGUGUUGUACAUUCAGCAAUGGGGAAUAUGUGAAAUCUGGGUUAGCCGAGUUGGAGCUAUGGUGCUGCCAAGCGAAAGAACAGUACGCAGGCUCAUCAUGGGAUGAACUUAAGCACAUAAGACAGUCCGUUGGUUUCUUGGUCAUACAUCAAAAAUAUAGAAUUUCCUAUGAUGAAAUCACCCAUGACCUCUGCCCUAUCUUAAGUGUUCAGCAGUUGUAUAGAAUCUGUGUUCUCUACAAGGAUGACAACUAUAAUACUCGAAGUGUGUCUCCAGAUGUCAUCUCCAGCAUGAGGGUACUUAUGACUGAGGACUCCAGUGAUGCUGGGAGCAAUUCCUACUUGUUGGAUGACAAUUCUGGCAUCCCCUUCUCGGUUGAUGACCUCUCUACUUCUCUGCAAGAGAAGGAUUUCUCCGAAGUCAAACCAGCAGAUGACCUUCUUGAGAAUCUAGCCUUCCAAUUUUUACAUGAGUAAGGCUAAAGAAGCUCAAGCGUGCAUUUCGCGUGUUUCGUCCCAGCAGGCAGUGCGUUUCUAAUUCUUCGGUCAUUUGCCGUGGUGGUUGUAAAUCCUAUAGCCUUUUCACUUGUUCUUUUUUUUCUUCUUCUUAUUUUUCCCUAUUUCCAAGUCCCCAUCAAAAAAUUAUUUUUUUAUUCAUUUAUUUUAGCAUUCAAAUUGUACAAUUUUCUUAGUUGAAAGGGGCAAGGAUGUAUCUUUGUUUUUGGCUGUGUGCAUUCUGUCUGGUUUCGUUUUUCUGUCAUUUGGCAG